ACCUUCCUCCUGGGUCGCCUCUCCCUGCCCUGCCCCGCACACCACACGCGCCCGCACAUCCUCUUCCCCUCCCUCCGCCGCGACCCAAACCCUAGGGUUUCAUCCAUCCUACGCAGAUUCCCCUGAUAAUCUAGCCCCCCCCCCCCCCCCCCCCCGACACACACACACACACACACACAAAAGCUGUGCCGCCCUCUCUUAUAUUUUUUACGAGAUUUUAUUUGGGAAUUUCUUUGGUGUUUUUGUUUCUUUGUUUCAGGAGCGACCGGCCUUGAAGGAUUCGAGCGGCUGGGCUAGGGUUUUGGCAUCUUCGUCAAGGGUGUUCCGUUCCGUGUCCCGCCCAGGAUUUUCAGUUAUCAUGUCAUCAUUCCCUGUGCUGAAGAACCGGCCCAUCGAUCAAUGGAAAGUUACUGAGUUGAAAGAUGAACUUCGAAAGAGGAAGCUGCCUGUAAAAGGUCUGAAAGAAGAACUUGUGAGGCGUCUCUUUGAAUCUAUUGAGAGUGAAGAGGCAUCUGACGAAUCUGCUGAAGAUGUCGGAGCCAAUGAAGGUGCACCCAUUGGCAAAGACGCGAAAGAUGUGGGGGCGAAUGAACCUGCUGAUCAGGCACCUGAAGAACAUACUGUUAGUCAGAAAACCACUGUUUCUGUGACAGAAAUUUGUCAGGAAAGUAUGGUUCAUGCAUCUCAGGAAACCGCAGUUCCUCUCCCAGAAGUUAGUCAGGAAAUCAUGGCUUCCUCUGUGGAACAGUCCCCCGGGGAUAAUGUGGUGGCAAACCGUGAAUCUCUGUCAACAGAAGCCCCAGCAGAACAAGGAGAUCAGCCAGAAUCAGUUGCUGGAGAAAUUUCUACAGUACAAGCAGGGCACCAGCAUGCUGAAAGCAUGAACAUGCACAUUGAGGAGACACCAGAGGUUGUCGCCAAUGGGACAGCUGUUGUCGCUGAUGUGACCAGUGCUGAUCUCAAGUCGGACUUGAUCUCUUCUGAAGCCAAGUCAGAUACUGCUGAAGCUAGCAAAACUGAUAAACAGGACACAUUACCAAAACCCGUGGAUGCCCAAAUACCAGAUGCUGAUCCUAUGGACACUGAUGUUGCAGCUGCAUCAAUGAACAAUGAUGGGAAGAGGUUUGUUACUAAGAAUGAUUUGGGUGACAAUACUUCGAUCGAUAAUGAAGUGUACAGUUCCGAGCUCAUGAAUGAGGAUCACAAGCCCAUUGUAUCAAAAUCAAAUAAUCAGGUACCUGAGGUUAGCCCAGAUUUAGGGUCUCCAGUUAAGUGUGAGUCAAUUUCUAGUGAUGAUAUAUCAAAUAACAAGAAGAAUAUAAAGGAUAACAUGAACGCUAAUAAUUUUGAUUUAGAACUAGAGGUCAAGCCAGAGAUGGUCAAACCAUCAUCCGGCAUUACUUCCUUAGGUGGAGAAUUGCAGCCAUUGGAUGAUGACAAAGAGUUGGUCAAGAAUCAGUUCUCUUUUGAAGACAUAGAUUCCACUGCCAAUGUAGAUGAAGUUGGCUCUCCAGAGAAAUUAAAUUUAGACAGGAGUUCAGGUGAUGAGUCAUUGGAGGAUGAUGUUAUGGAGAUUAAACAACUUGAUUUCAGUGUUAAAUCUGAUGAUCUCAGAGGAAAGACUGAGCCUAACUCCUCAGAACAUGUGAAAGAGGUGUCUCUUCCUGAUUCUGUCGUCAAGGGCUCCUCUGUUGAUACAAAGGAAGUUAUAGCUGAAGAAAAGCCAUCAGCUUCAACUGAAAAGAGGAAACUUCAAGCUCAAGAAACUGUUGCAAACACUGAGCCAAUCAAACGUCAGCGUCGGUGGGCUGCAGAUAGUGGCAAUGUUCCAGAAAGACAACCAUUGAUUCAAAGUGGUUUUGAUGCUCCUAAUGAUAUUCUCCAGCCUGCCUUAAAACGUUCUCUUGGCAGGGCUGAUUCGACAGCAAGUGGGGAUUCUCCAAAGGAGAGGAUUGUGCCACCAUCUCAGAAACCUGCAACAACUUCCUUGAGAAUCGACCGGUUUGUACGCCCAUUUACCCUGAGAGCUGUGCAAGAGCUUCUUGGUAAAACUGGUUCUGUUUGUAGCUUCUGGAUGGAUCAUAUAAAGACCCACUGCUAUGUUACAUUCUCGUCCGUGGAGGAAGCUACAGCUACUCGUGAUGCUGUUUACAACCUGCAGUGGCCCCCGAACAAUGGCAAUUAUCUGUUAGCUGAAUUUGUUGAUCCCCAGGAAGUGAAACUCAAGCUUGAACCCCCUGCCCCAGCAGCAACAGCAGCGGCAGUUCCUAUUAGCCCCGCUACUACACCAAGGGAGGCUCCUUUUCAGCAAGGUCAGGCGAAUCAAAGUGUGCCUUGCCAAGCUGCUGCUACACCAAGGGAGCAACUACCGCCUCCAGCACCCCUUGUGAAGCCUCCUACAUCUGAUCCAGCAGGAUCUGCAAGGGAGAAGCUCCCACCCACCCCAAAGAAGGCAGAACCUCCUGUUGUGACACUUGAUGAUCUCUUCAGGAAGACACAGUCCUCUCCAAGGAUUUACUAUUUGCCUUUAUCAGAUGAGGAGGUGUCAGCGAGGCUUGCUGCACAGGGCAAAGCAAAUUAGUGCCCUCAUGCUUCAGGAACAUGUAUUUUCUGCAAAGACUGGUUUUAUCUCCUUUAAGAUUGUAUAAUGUCAUCUGCUUUUUUUUUUAAAAGAUGAUUGUAUGUCCUCUGACCUGAAGUUGUUUCGGAUUGCAGAGAUACUGGUUUUAGUUAGAACAUCCUGGAACUCUACUGGUUUAGUGAAUAAACAUUCAGGAGAAUGCUUAUUCGUGUUA